UGGUGCUAGGGAGAAACCAGAGAAAAGUCAGCCCUUCCAGAUGCCCAGGUAUAAAAGACCUGGAGCGAGUAACCCACUCAAGCGUGAACCCCGGGACUGGGAAGGGUACCCUCAUUAGAGAGUGGCGGCAUUCGGCAGUUCUGCCAACCACGCCCUUCUGGAAGCACCGACUUGGAGCCGUAGGGCUAAAGACGCAUCUUGGUCAAAGGACGCGCCAACGACGGUAAUAGAAUGAAGGAGUCCCAGGCUAGCUGGGGCAGAGGGCGGGAGACGGUGUUGGCCUUAGAUAAAGAAAAGGGGCCUUCUGGGUGGGCUCCCGGGGUAAUUGCCCCACCUCGCCCAGAGCCCCAACGUGGCGCUCUCUACGGACAGCGAGCAGGAAGUCGUACGGGGGGCGCGGCUUGGGCAGCGCUGCAGGUGCACCAGAGGGCACCGCCGAGAGUGAACACCAGGUCCCUGCAUCGGCCAGGACAUCAGAGCUCAUUCGGGUGGACGGACGGUACGUUCUGGAAGGGAAAGGGCCCCGGGAAGGGGAUACAGCAUUGAGAAACUCAAAGGCUUUGGUCUGAGCAUCCAGAAUGGACUUUAUCUGGAGGUGACGUGGCUUCUGGCCUCUGAAAGUGCUGCUUGGAUCUCCAGGACUUCAGGUCCUCCUAGCUAGGUCUGGAAGCGGGGAAAAUAGGGGUAGGAAGAAAGGAGAGGACUGCAACAAGGUCUUCCCGAGUGGUCUGAACUCGCGGGAGCGGGGAGGUGUAACGGUGGGGAGCCGGGCGCAAAGGGCUGAUGAAGGGGUCUCCAGAAGCAGAAAGGUGGUAUUCUAUUUUCUGGGAAGAUGGUGAAGAUGCACCUGACCGAGUCUAGUCGAUCUGAAGAUGCCGGGGGAACAGAUAGUGCAGGUGGAGGGGAGAAUGACAGAACCUUCCAGAAAAUGGGAGAGGCUAUAGCACUUGAAAACCUUUCCUUGGUCUCCGGAGAUUCCCGGAAGAAGAGGGCAGGUCUGUGGGCACAGGUGCAGACUCGCCGGCGCGCUCCUGACGGCCGCGGGAAGUGGGAAAGGCCUGGAGAGCUGGCCCUUUAAGGCGGCUCGUAGGCGUGUCAGGAAAUGCGCGCUGGAACCGCCCCGCUCGGUAAGUGGCCCGGGACUGGCAAUUAUGAGCCGGAACUUGGAUUCGGCUCGUGGCAUCCGGGGCCGUGCACGGGCCAGGCCCCUAUCCGUGUCCCUCGAGACGCCUCCCUGAGCCUCGGUGAUCUCCCUGCAGCACUCUCCCUUCGGCUCCGCGGGGGCUUCCGGGGGCUUCCCGCUCACCGCUUCCCAUGCGGUCCGUCCGGUUAUUUCCUCCUCUGCUCUGCCCUUCUGUCUCUCUCUCGCUUCCUUUCUCCCUGCGACUCACAUGUCCCCAUGUCAAGAAGAUGGCCAUGGUUGUCAAGGCCCACAUCCUUAGUUAGGCCCCUUCUCCCUUCCCUGGGUCAUGUUUAAUGACCCCAACCCCCCACCCCCACCCCGGGAGCGAGCAAGAUGAGGAGCGGUGCACCUCGGCAAAUCCGGAAGCAGAACUUCAUCCAAGAAGGAGGGGACCGAUAGAUCAUCCCAUGUGACAGUUGAAGGCUGCAGCCACAGGCCCUAGCAGCUUGAAGCCCUGUAGUCCAGGGAAUGCUUCUGGCCGUGAGGUGACCCAGCUCUUCUGCCACCAUGAACAGGGCCCCUCUGAAGCGGUCCAGGAUCCUGCGCAUGGCGCUGACUGGAGCCUCUGCUGUCUCCGAGGAGGCAGACAUCGGGAACAAGCCAUUUCUGCUCCGGGCUCUGCAGAUCGCGCUGGUGGUCUCUCUCUACUGGGUCACCUCCAUCUCCAUGGUAUUCCUCAACAAGUACCUGCUGGACAGCCCCUCCCUGCAGCUGGAUACCCCCAUCUUUGUUACCUUCUACCAAUGCCUGGUGACUUCGCUGCUGUGCAAGGGCCUCAGCACUCUGGCCACCUGCUGCCCUGGCACGGUAGACUUUCCCACCCUAAACCUGGACCUCAAGGUGGCCCGAAGUGUGCUGCCGUUGUCCGUGGUCUUUAUCGGCAUGAUAACCUUCAAUAACCUCUGCCUCAAGUACGUGGGGGUGGCCUUCUACAACGUGGGACGCUCACUCACCACCGUGUUCAAUGUGCUUCUCUCCUACCUGCUGCUCAAACAGACCACUUCCUUCUAUGCCCUGCUCACCUGCGGCGUCAUCAUUGGUGGUUUCUGGCUGGGUAUAGACCAAGAGGGAGCUGAGGGCACCCUGUCCCUGACGGGUACCAUCUUCGGGGUGCUGGCCAGCCUUUGUGUCUCACUCAAUGCUAUCUAUACCAAGAAGGUGCUCCCUGCAGUAGACCACAGUAUCUGGCGCCUGACCUUCUAUAACAAUGUCAAUGCCUGUGUGCUCUUCCUGCCCCUCAUGGUCGUGCUGGGUGAGCUCCGUGCCCUCCUGACCUUCGCACAUCUGAACAGUGCCCACUUCUGGGUCAUGAUGACGCUGGGUGGCCUGUUUGGCUUUGCCAUCGGCUAUGUGACAGGACUGCAGAUCAAAUUCACCAGUCCCCUGACCCAUAAUGUGUCAGGCACGGCCAAGGCCUGUGCGCAGACAGUGCUGGCUGUACUGUACUACGAAGAGAUUAAGAGCUUCCUGUGGUGGACAAGCAACUUAAUGGUGCUGGGUGGCUCCUCCGCCUACACCUGGGUCAGGGGCUGGGAGAUGCAGAAGACCCAGGAGGACCCCAGCUCCAAGGAUGGUGAGAAGAGUGCUAUCGGGGUGUGAGCUCCUUCAGGGACCCAUGGCUGAGCUCACGUGGGGCCUACCCAGCACUGAAGGCUUCCCAUCGAGCCAACUGGGUAUGGCCCUGAGCAAUAUUGUUUACAUCCUCCUCAGAAUCUGAUCUAAGAGGAGCCAGGUUCUUUCCUGGUAAUGUCAGAAAGCUGCCAAAUCUCCUGUCUGCCCGAUCUUCUUGUCUUGGGAAAGCCCUACUGGGAGUGGUACCCUUCCUGCCUCCUCCUGGGGCCUGUCUACCUCCAUAUCGCCUCUGCAGUUGGACCAGCUGCACUCUUUGGGGACUGGAAUGAUGAAGUAAUGUCUUACUUUCUACACAAGGGAGAUGGGUUGUGACCCUACCAUAUAGCUAGUUGAAGGGAGCUGGGUGACCCCACAUCUCUGGGGCCCUGGGCAGGUAGCAUAAUAGCUCAGGUGCUAUUAACAUCAGGACCGCUCCAGACUGCCUUUGGAGGCGGUUGGGAGCUGAGCCAAGAGAGUAAAUGGCUAUUCUGCCCUCUUCUGUGUGGAUGGGUAUGGCAGACCAGCUGUCCGUGGGAGCUGCACCCGGGGUGGGUGAUGAGAAAACUCUCACCUCGACACUCCAUAUUUGCAGCUUUAAGACAGGGGGAGCCACACGUUUUACAGAUUAAGUGGAAUCAUGAUUGCCUCCACAGCCCCUAACCCUGGCUUUUCCUGCCUGGCUCCUCUUGGCCCAAAGGGGCCACCAACCUGUUCUCUAACUCCUGGCCCAGCUACUCGGCUGUACCCUCUUUCUGUGUUCCCUUUUCCCUAAAAGCACCCCCAACACCUCCAUCUGCAGGCAGGAAGUAGGGUCCACUCAUAGCCUCUGUUCACAUGUGCUCGGAUCCCCGAGCCCCUCAUGAUGGUAAGAGACACUUAUGUUCUCUGAGGCUGGGGCUGAAGGAGCCCAUUGAGUCUCAGCCCAUCAGGCUCCUGUCACAAAAUAGCCUAGACCGUGUGGCCAAGAACAGUGGAGGUUGGUUUAAAACUGUUCUGGGGGCAGCAGCAAAGCCCACAUCAAGGUACUCGUAGACCCAGUGUUUCAGAGGAAACCCUCUGUCCACAUCCUCACAUGGUAGAGGCACAGAUUAACUCCCUCAGGCCUCUUGUAUAGGAGCACUAACUCCAUGAGGGCUCCACCCCAUGAUCUAAUCACCCCCAAAGCC